AUGGAAUGUGCUCUUAUUUUCCCCAUUCAGUACACAGGCAGCUGUUCAUUUGAAGACCCCUACAGCAGCUGUGGCUACAGUGUGGCCCUCGGGACCAAUGGCUUCGCUUGGGAGCAAGUCAACACUUGGGAGAGGCCCACCAUGGACGCAGCUGUUCCCACAGGUUCUUUUAUGGUGGUGAACGGCUCCGGCCGGGCAUCGGGACAGAAGGCCCACCUGCUCCUGCCUACCCUGAAGGAGAACGACACCCACUGCAUCGACUUCCACUAUUCUCUAUCCAGCCGCGAAGGCUCCAGUCCCGGGGCACUCAAUGUCUACAUUAAGGUGAAUGGCGGCGCCCAGGGUAACCCUGUGUGGAACGCCUCCGGCUCGGUGACCGAGGGUUGGGUCAAGACCGAGCUGGCCAUCAGUACCUUCUGGCCCAACUCCUAUCAGAGACCUGAAGGCCUGAGUCCCUCUUCCCAGUCUGGCAGCCUUCACCGAGAGCCCUGUGUGAUAUUCGAGUCUGUAUCCGUACAGGGCCAUCCAGGGUUCAUCGCGGUGGACGAGGUCCGAGUGUUGGCCCACCCAUGCCGGAAAGCGCCUCACUUCCUGCGGCUGCAGAAUGUGGAGGUGAAUGUGGGCCAGAACGCCACCUUCCAGUGUACCGCCGGGGGGAAGUGGUCACAACACGACCAACUGUGGCUACAGCAGUGGAAUGGUAAAGACACAGCCCUCAUGGUGACGCGGGUGGUGAACCACCGGCGUUUCUCAGCCACCGUCAGCGUCGGGGACACGUCUCAGAGAAGCACCAGCCGCUAUCGCUGUGUCAUCCGCUCCGAUGGUGGCUCUGGGGUCUCCAACUACGCAGAGCUAAUCGUCAAAGCUCCCCCCACGCCCAUUGCCCCUCCGGAGCUCUUGGCGGUGGGGGCCACCUACCUGUGGAUCAAGCCCAACGCCAACUCCAUCAUCGGGGACGGACCUAUCAUCCUGAAGGAGGUGGAGUACCGCACCACCACGGGCAACUGGGCCGAGACCCACAUCGUGGAUGCCCCCACCUACAAGCUUUGGCAUUUGGACCCCGACGUGGAGUACGAGAUCAAGGUUCUGCUGACCCGGCCAGGCGAGGGAGGCACGGGGCCCCCGGGACCUCCACUCAUCACCCGGACCAAGUGUGCUGACCCAGUCAACGGGCCUCAGAAUGUCAAUGUGGUGGACAUCCGGGCCCGCCAGCUCACCCUGCAGUGGGAGACGUUUGGCUAUGCCGUGACGCGCUGCCACAGCUACAACCUGACCGUGCAGUACCAGUACGUGUUCAACCAGCAGGAGUUUGCGGCCGAGGAACUGAUCCAGACGUCGUCCCACUACACCCUGCGGGGUCUGAGGCCCUUUGUCACCGUUCGCCUUCGCCUGGUCCUUGCCAAUCCUGAGGGCAGCAAGGAGAGCGAGGAGAUUGUCAAGCAGACGGAGGAGGAUGUUCCCGGCUCUGUUCCAAUGGAGUCCACCCAGACCGGACCAUACGAGGAGAAGAUCUUCAUGCAGUGGAAGGCACCUAACGAGACCAAUGGUGUCAUCACGCUAUACGAGAUCACCUAUAAGGCUCUGAGCUCCUUGGACCCCAGUGCAGACCUGACCACCCAGCGCGGCAGGGUGUUCAAGCUACGCAACGAGACCCAUCACCUGUUUGUGGGGCUCUACCCAGGCACCACCUACUUCUUCACCCUCAAAGCCAGCACCAACAAAGGUUUUGGACCCCCUGUUACCACCCGCAUCGCCACCAAGAUAGCAGCCCCAUCGAUGCCGGAAUACGAGACAGACACGCCCCCUCUGAACGAGACGGACACCACCAUCACAGUUCUGCUGAAGCCUGCCCAGUCCAGAGGAGCUCCCGUCAGGUACCACACUAUGACAUCACUUCCUGUCAAAAGUUACAUGUCCAAGUGUCUCUAUUUUUGA